GGAAGGGCCCGUCAGCUUCCGGCCGGUACCGCUCCGCCGGGCGCCUCCUGGGAGCGGCGGGGCCCCGGGGGGGGUCCUGGGGGCGGCCCGGCCCGGCCCGCUCCGCCGGGUCCCCGCGCUGCCCUGCCUCUCCCUUUGUCAAGCACCGAGGGGCUCCCCGCGCCGCCGCCUCCCUUCUGUCAGCCGCCGAGCCCCCCCCCCCAAAUUCCCGGGGCCCCCUCGGUCAGGCCCUGGGUGUCCGUCUCCCCCCCCCCCCGAGGAAAGGCGGCCCUGUGAGGGCACCGGCCGUCUCUGCGCGGGGACUGUGGUACCCCGCCCCGCUCCUUCUCCCCUCAUCAUCCUUCCAUACCCCCCCUUCCCGCCGGGGUCGGGCUGGCUUUCUCCAACCGGCCGGGAGACGGGAUCAGCCCCAGGGUUAUGCCCCUUCCUGCCUUCCAGGGGCAUCGCACAGGGCUGCCAGGCGGUCGUAAACCGUCCCCGGGUUCUCCGUCCCGCCCCUGUUGGUGUUGCUGAGGUUAGCCCUGCUCCCCCGGCAAGUUUUUGUGGCAAAGGCCUCCCCGGGCCCGCUCGCCUUCGCUAGCGAGCAUGGAGUUCGCGGAGCUGAUCAAGACCCCUCGAGCGGACAACGUCGUCCUGCAUCGCCCGUUCUACCUGGCGGUGGAGGGGACUCUCUGCUUGACUGGCCAUCAUCUCAUUUUUUCAUCACGGCGACAAGAUAACGCUGAGGAGCUGUGGCUGCUGCACUCCAACAUUGAUUCUAUUGAAAAAAGGUUUGUGGGCUCAUUGGGUACCAUCAUUAUAAAAUGCAAAGAUCUGCGAAUUAUUCAGCUGGAUAUACCUGGAAUGGAGGAGUGUUUGAACAUUGCUAGCUCUAUUGAGGCGCUUUCCACUCUGGAUUCUGUCACUCUCAUGUAUCCCUUCUUCUACCGGCCCAUGUUUGAAAUCGUUGAAGAUGGCUGGCGCUGUUUUCUGCCUGACGAAGAAUUUGAGCUCCUCAGUUCAGCGACAGAUGAAUGGCGUCUAAGCUGCAUCAAUAAGGAAUUCUCUGUCUGUCCCUCCUACCCUCCGGUUGUCAUUGUCCCCAAAUCCAUCGAUGAUGAAGCGCUUCGGAAAGUUGCCAUGUUUCGCCAUGGCAGUCGCUUCCCAGUUCUCAGCUAUUACCAUAAGAAGAAUGGGAUGGUCAUGAUGCGAAGUAGCCAGCCUCUUACAGGUACGAAUGGGAGGCGGUGUAAAGAAGACGAGAAGCUUAUUAAUGCCACGCUACGGCCCGGCAAGCGUGGCUACAUCAUUGAUACGAGGUCCUUGAAUGUUGCCCAGCAGGCCAGGGCCAAAGGAGGGGGCUUUGAACAAGAAGCGCACUAUCCCCAGUGGAGGAGGAUUCACAAAUGUAUUGAGAGGUUUAAUAUUCUGCAGGAAAGCCUCAUCAAACUUGUGGAAGCUUGUAAUGACCAGUCGCACAAUAUGGACCGCUGGCUCAGUAAACUGGAAGCUUCCAACUGGCUGACUCAUGUCAAAGAGAUACUAACUGCAGCUUGUCUAGCUGCUCAGUGCAUUGACAGGGAAGGUGCAUCAGUGUUAGUCCAUGGGACUGAAGGAACUGAUUCAACACUCCAGGUAACUUCUCUGGCACAGAUUAUCUUGGAUCCAAGGUGCAGGACCAUACGUGGCUUUGAAUCUCUUGUUGUGAGGGAGUGGCUGCAGGCUGGUCACCCUUUUCAGCAGCGCUGUGCCCAAUCAGCCUAUUCAAAUAGCAAGCAGAAAUGGGAGGCCCCAGUGUUUCUCCUCUUUUUGGACUGUGUGUGGCAAAUCCUUCGUCAGUUCCCUUGCUCUUUUGAAUUCAACGAACAGUUCCUCAUUAUGCUCUUUGAACAUGCUUACGCUUCACAGUUUGGGACUUUCCUGGGAAACAACGAAAAUGAAAGGUCUAAACUGAAGCUGCAGCAAAAGACUAUGUCCCUGUGGUCCUGGGUGAACAGGUCUGAAGAGCUGAGCAAAUUCCAGAAUCCUCUUUUUGAGGCCAACAGCCUUGUCAUCUGGCCUUCCGUUGCCCCACAGAGCCUGCAGCUCUGGGAAGGUGUCUUUCUUCGGUGGAACAGGCCUUCCAAGUUCCUAGACGAAGCCCAUGAAGAAAUGAUCAGCAUUAUAAAAUACAACAAGGAACUUCAGGCAAAGGCACUGGACUGGGGUGUGGGAGACUGAAGUCCUGGUCCUGCCACUGCCAUAGGUUGCUGGUGUCAUCUCAACACACCAGCGGAGGUCUGUUUGCCCUCACUGCAAGGCUGGAUCCAUGGUGUCCUUCCUGAGAGCAGCCAUGGAGUCACGCUAGAGGCUCUGCUCUUCCCUUUUCUUUCAUUUGUUGGCAGACUCCUCAGCCUGGAAAUGUGAUUGCUGAGGUGAUGAUAUGAUGGAGGUCUAAGGUAUAUGGCAUGGAGAAGGUAAGGAACAACAAUUUGCUUUGCCUCAUACAAGAAUUAAGGUGCACCAGAUGAAAUUAUCAGGUGGCACUUGAAACAAUAGAAGGUGCUGUUUGGCAGGUUGUAUGGUUCAGCUGGGGAGCUUAUGGCCAUGGGACGUCAUAGAUGGCAAACAUGGUAUGGGCUCAAAAAGCAGCUAAACAUGGAAAAGAAAAAUCCAUCAAGGGUUAUUUAUCACAAAGACAUCAGCCGUGAUUCAAAGUCCCUGAGCAAUAAGGUAUCAGGGAAGUAUAGCUGUUAGAUUUUCCUGCACGUACUGUGCCCUCGCUGGCUGCUGGUGGCCUUUGAGACAGCAUGCAGGAUUCAGAUGACCCUUUAGUUUGACUCAGUUGGCUGAAGCUACUGCAGAGUCUAUAGCAGAUGGAGUGAUACUGCUGAUACUUCCAUAGCUUUGCUUCCCCAGGGGCUUUAAAUGCAUUUUUCGAGGCUCUGCAGUCGAACAAGAGAGUUCUUUGUGUUUAUUUUCCUACUGUAGCUUUCCCUCUUUUAAAGAGAGACAGCUGGUUUUGUGAAUGGUACUUAACAGUUCUUUCAAACUCAAUUAGGCACUUGGGAGCCAGGAGUUGCAAGCACUCGGCUUCUAUAGUGAGCAAAGGAUUUUCCCCCCUGCAGCUUCUGUUAUACCAUCAUUUUCCAAGAUGUCCACACUCUGUGAGCUGAGGUUUUAAAAACUGGCCAUUUGUUAGUGUCUGAAAGCCUUGGAAAUAGUGGCCAGUCCUGCUUUCUUUGCUCUCCUAACUUUGAAAUGCUCUGAAACAAUUUAAUUCAUCACUUCCCUUUUAAUCGAGGGGAAAGAAAAAAAAUCAGGCUCUGUCCCAACCCUGAACUGACUUGAAUCUUGUGUCUACAACAAAUGCCAGGGAUUUUUUUGGCAGGCUUGACAACAAACCGUUCUUGCAUUUGAAAUGGCUGGACAGUGAAACUAAAGUGCUUUUACCUUUUGUAUAAGUGCAUAUCAGGGCGCAGUGUUUUGUGUAGGGUCUGCUGCUCAUGCCCUGUAGCUGUGCCCACGUACUGCCCAGCCAGGCAUUAAGUGAUGUGAUUAACAGCUGUCACAUGUGGUUGACUCUGCCUCUGAUCUCUAGGCUGGGGAGAUCUGUGUGUGCAGUGGAGGGUUUUAUUUUGCUAGCAGAGCUCUGUGAAAGGUUUCCCUCCCAGGAAAUUGUUUCUGAUACUUUAAUGUUGGUCUUUGUCCUGACUGAAAAUUAAGACCUCAAAAAAAAAAAGUAUACACGCAUAUUUUUCUAUGACACUUUUUUCUUGAUUUAGUUAAGCUUGCCAGAGUAUUUCCUUUAGGUACCUUUAACAAAAGCAUUUUAAUAUUUCAGGAUUCCUUUUUGGGCUGCUGAGCUAAAGGUUCCAGCUCACUGAGCUGUAUGCUCAGAGGGGCCUGGGAUACUUUAUAUGUUUUAUUUUCAUGCUCUGGACUCCUGCCCAGACAACGUCUCCCAAGAGCAGGACACUGCCAUGAGAAACAGAGCUGAGCUGGGUUAAUGCAAGCACGUAAGAAUGACCAUGCUGGUCAGAGCGAAGGUAUAAGCAUCUCCAUGCUUGGUCUCCAGCAACCAUCAUCAGUGGGUAUUUAAGGAGAGAAUAUAGGGAAUGGGAUACUUCCCAGACUCCACUCAUAAGCGGUUCAAUGACUUCUUGAGACAGAAGUUACAUCUGGAUUGUCAUGUUUAAUACUCACUAUGGAGCUAUCUUCUGCAAAUUGUCUCUUGAAUCCAUGUUCCCUUUGGGACUUGGUGAUCAAGCACUUGGUUCUCCUAUUUAUUUUGGAAAGGCUACAAAUGUAUGGCACCUAAAGCUGCAGUCCCAGCAGGCAAACAGUGGCCUGAAGUCAUGCAACUUAAUGCUGGUGUGACUUGAAACACUUUGGAUUUAGUUCAAGAAAAUGCUGACUUUUGAUUAAGGGGAAUGAAAAGAAAAUUGAAUGAUUUAGGCAAAAAUCCCCUUAUUGCCCCAAGGACUUUUUUUUUUUUUUUUUUUUUUUUGCUGAGAUUGCUCUUUCUGUGGAUGGAAAAUUCCCAACCUGCUUGAGUUGGCAAGCUCUUGUUUUUAGCUAAAGCAUAUGCUGAUAUAUGUUUGUAUCUUGCUCCAACAAAAAGCUGUGGAAAAAUAAAGAGCAGAAGGCAGCCUGCAGUUCCCUUCCCCAUUCUGACAGUCCUCAUUCUGCCAGUGGGGGUGAUGGAAAAAUGUCAAUUACAGUUCAGUCUGCAGGAAUGACAGCAAAAUGAUACUAAUUAAAAAAAAGAAAUAUAGAAUUCCAACUCUACUACCUGUCCUACAGGGAACUUCACUGUAAAUGCAGAAAGAUCCUGAAAAGUUCAUCUACAGCACCCAGUGCCUGAGACACAUCAAAUAAGGAAUAAACUGCCUUUAUUUCAAUAAAAGCACUAUUAAACUUCAAGAGCAAAGUUUUUAGACUCAUCAUGCUAGAUUAUAAAGAUUAUCUAAUAAUUUUAUAUGGAAAAUGGAAUUCUUAAAUACUUUUGCCUCUCCCUAGCUCAUAACGCAAUGCCUUAUUACCCUCAAGCAAAGGGAAGAAAUUCUUAAGCCGAUUUUUCACUGACACUCUGCAUGCUACUGCUAGCUGCUCUGCUCAAUCUUAACAGCUGUGAGAGGCUGCUGAGUCUGUGGGAAAGGUGUCUGCCUGUUCUUGGACGCAUCAAGCAUGCUCCUAGCACUUGAUAAAUGAUUUUGCAGCUGUGGUAACAGCUCCGCUUUGCAGAGAUGGCCAUUUUGGAUUUAAUUUUAAAUGCAUUUUAACUUUUCUGUACUGAAGUUUCCCUCCAAGGUCUUCUGCCAAAAGUCAGCUUUAUUUUAGAGUGAAAGUUUUGAGGUUAAUUGAACAGGGCAUUUUGGAGAUGAGGGAUUUAAGUCCAUGAGACCUUGCAAAUUUCAUAAAAUGCACUGAUACGUUUUUAGCAGGCUUUUCUCAGGUCAAUUCAUGGAGGUUACACUCUUCAAGACCGAUGAAACCCAGUGGUUCCCUGGACCGUAAUGAGCUACACUGAGCAGUUGUGCAUCUACUCCCAGAUCUGGCAAGUUAUAGAUUUUACAGGGUUUGAGCCCCUGACAGGGAAGCUUUACAUUACAUUAUCAGAUGAAACCUGAGUCCUUUUCAUAAACCCACUAUUUAUUCUCCAAAGUCUAUUUAACAAGUGUGUUCAGUAAAUAGAGUUGGGAAAGUGGCUUUAACUUGAUUACACGGUUUUCCUCCUCUGCUUUGUUCCCUUGCAGGAAAUGACCCUGAUGAACGGCACGUCCUCUCAGGCUGUAACUGGCCUCAGCCAACCCUACCUGAGGCUGCUUCUUAGCCAGCUGUAGCAGUGGGAAGAGAGGAGGAAGAAACAGUGACACAGGACCCAUGAACAUCUGAAUAUUUCACAGUAAACUGUUUUCUGAGUAUUCAGUGUUUCAAGGCUGCUAUUUGGUGUUCGAGUUUCCAUCUCUUGGCAAAUGGAGGUGAUCUUCUGCCCUUCUUGUCCCAGAGUGCCCCGCUUGGUCAGUGCUGUGAUUUCUUCCCCUGUAGUGUCCAAUACUUGCUUCUGCCAUGCUGCUGAACUUAACCUUUUCUUAGCACAAGAGCGCAGGAGGUGGGUUCUUCUAUGUGUGGCAAUACUGUUUCUGCUGAUUACAGAGGCUGGUUUGCACUGACUAGUGAAAUAGUCCAGAGAGACCUUGUCUAUGGGGAGCCCUGUGAUGUCAUCCUUGCACAAAGAUGGCAUCAUCAGCUCUGCUACUGUAAGGUAGUGGAUGCCCUUGUCGCUCCUGUCCAGCUGUCUGUGAGGAAGGGACUGGGGUGAUGCAGAACCUUUCCUACUCAAUAAAUGUAGAUUGUAAUUAUAAAAGACUGUAUUUGUUGCCCUAUUCAUCUGAUUGACAGCUUUGUGUUUACUGGGUAAAAAGACUGUGUAUGCUGAUGCAUUUAUCAAGAAACUCUAAUCCAUCAGCACUCCAAGGAGAGUAAACCACCACACAGAUCAUGGUAGACCACUCUUUUUGGAUCAGAUGGUCACUUCCCACUUUCUUGGUUUCUGAGCUUCUUAGGAAGAUGCAUCAUUGCAUUGACAGUGAACCUAAGUUACAAAAAACGUGGCACAAAGAUGUUUUUCCAAAACCUUCUGGUUUGCAUUCCGUGGCUUCCAAACCUUCUCCCCAGUAUCAAGGGAUCCACCCAUACAUAAAUGUUGCUGGAGUGGCCUGCUUCCACUCAGCUGAGUGUCCCAACAACUGCAGUGGUUGCCUCUGAGUGGUGCAGCAGACGCUGCCAGCCUCAGAUGGACACUGUUUGGAUUGGAAAGUUCCACUGAAGUCUCCCCUUUCUCAUGAGGCUUGAAACCUCGCUGUGUUUUCAGGUAUGCGCUGGCUCAGGUAUGCACUGAACAAGCCAGCUAUUGCCAUGGAAGGCCAGAUCCAGAUGAACCUUGACAGAGGAGGGCAACUAAAUUCAUUGCAUUAAUGACCAUUGUUCUUUUGUGAUGUGUGAUAAACCUGGUGUGAGGCUUUAUCUGAAUUUUUAAGGUAGUCUGGUUUUCACGUCUCACAGGGUACAUUCAUUAAUGCUUACUGUGUUGCAACAUCUGCUCACCUCAAAGACCUGUAUGAGCUUGUUUUCAUAUGAGGUUGUGUGUUGUUUAGAAGGAUAGAGACCUUUAGGAAAGCAGGCCAUGAUUUACUGGACAGAGAAGACUUAACUAUGAACAAAAUCUCUUCUGCUGGCCUGAGAGCUGUUUGAUACACUGCUCCUGCUUAGACUGGAAACUCCUACUUGUCAUUAGCUGCAUUAAUUAUGCAUCUUGUUUCCAUAGACUAAUUGAAAUGAACACCUGUGUGGAAACCUGCACUGUCAAGGCCAGUAAGGAAGGAAGAAAAAUGGAUGGUGUGUGCACCCCAGACACUGUUAGCGGAUCUAGCUCUGCAAAAACAACUGCUAAGGGCAUAUAACACUUCCAUUCCGCCUUUGGUUUUGGCUGUGGUUACUCAUGUUUGUUACAGGAUGAAUGUAUUUGGCCUUUAUAGAAGCUGUGAAGGGCAGGGAGAUUGGUUGGGACUUACUGUUUCUGUU